ACCACUCCUCCAACCCCUGUUGUUGUGUUCUGAAAGAACUCUCAAUGACAUUCUUUCUCUUUCGUUUUUUUUGUACUGCCAUGUUUGUGUACUUCUCAAACGUGUCUUAUUCAGUCUUUUUCUGAUUUUGAAACAAGUUCUGUCCUAAAAGACCAAGAAAAUUAAGGGGAACACAGGAUAGAAUGUGGCAAGACAGACUGUCUCUGUUGUUGUCGAUUAUUGUGCUUGUGAUAGGCGAGGGAUUACAGACAUCUUUCAGACCUCAAAACUGUACACUGCAGUGUGUUUGCCAGAUAUUUUUCUCCAGAUUUUGUGCAUCUGUAAUCGUCACAACAAUUUGUUAAGUGAUAGCUGCGUGUUUCUUGUAUAUGGAGAAUUGGGGACCUCCUCUAGAACAUGAUGGCGGCGCGCUUAAUGGGGAUCACCAGGAUGCGAGUAUUGCAGAAUUAGUAAAGAUGAUGUUGAAACUACACUUGGAUUCACUUCUGCUGGUCUCUUUGCAGGUUGUAUGCCAUGGCUGUGUCAUUCUUUUUUAGGUCUGCAGAGUCCUGAGGUAUGCCAGCACUAUGUGCAUGCCCCGAAGAAUGUCACUGUUGAAUUUGUGGCAAGUCCAAACCCUAAAUAUGAGACUGUUGUUGUGUCUUGGAGGCCUAGCCAAUAUGGUAUUUCUUUUUUGCGUGGUUUCCUAGUUUCCCUCCAGCCUUUAGGAGGCACUCGGACCACAUGUCAGCUCUUCCUUCUUCAAAACAAUAUGUCACUUUCUGCUGUGCAUGCUCAAAGGGUGUAUUACUCAGAUCCUUUCACAGAUCUCUCCCUGGGUACCCAGUAUGCUGUGACUGUGAUGGCCCUGCCAGUUCCUGAGAUCUGGGACAAAUUUUAUCAUAGCAAAUUGUUCUUCACACGCUCAUGUCCUGAGAAAAAUGGCUUGGAGCACUGCAAAACAGACUGGUAUCCCAGAUAUAUUGAGGUUCACCAGGACAACAAGGAUAUUGUUGUGACUUUUAACUUGGCACCUAAGAAGUUGGGGAUCUAUCGCUAUUUUUCAUCAUGCUAUGGAGGGGGCUCACGCAGCUUUGAACUUAUUCAACCAGACUUGAGUAUAAACAGCACUCAUCAUACAUACCGUUUGCUGAAUCUCCACACAGAAAUCAACUAUACCUGUGAGAUUGCAGCAGAUAUUGUGGAUGCUGUAAGGAAGCAUUUCUUUGUUCAAGUACAGCACAAUGUAAAAGAGCCUUCACCCUUGCACAAGGCAAGUGUCUCAUUAGCAAUACUUUUCUCUGUGGGUAUUCUACUAGCAGCCUUCUUAGCAGUCAUCUUUACCAUUCACUGGCAGAAAAAACAAAAGAAAAAGGCAGCAAAAUCUGAGAAAACAUCAGACAUAACUGAAGAAUAUUAUGAUGAAUAUACAGAGCAUCAGUUCAUACCAGUAGCCAAGAGGACCAGUCCCCCUCGACUCCUGAUUUGCUACUCAAGCAGUGAUGGUUCUGCCCAUGUAAGGGUUGUCUUACAAUUGGCAACGUUUGUGCAAAUGCACAUGGCUACUGAGGUACAUUUAGAUCUGUGGGAUGCCUUAAGUUUGACAGAGGAAGGAGAUUUUGGGUGGUAUUGCAGGAAGAUAAAGGAGAGCGACUUUGUGCUCAUCAUCUGCUCCAAGGGUCUCAACCAGAGACAGCAUAACCAGAGAGAAGUGGACGAAAGGGCAAAUACUUCCCUAGCUAUUAUAGCCAUGAUUGGAGAAGAGAUAUUUCGUGCCAGAUCUCUCGGCCAGGACCUCUCCAAAUACAUAACUGCUAUUUUUGAGUAUUCAGAGAAGUCAGACAUCCCCACCAUGUUAAGUUUGGCCUCUCAUUAUACUCUUCCAAAGGACUUGGCACUGCUCUUCUCCCAUCUUCAUGGAGUGGCUUUGCAAAAGCCAGGAGCUUAUCUACAAAUAGAAAACAUCUCAGAAAAUGGCUACUCUAAGCUCCCAGCUGGUGCAGCAUUAUUACUAGCUAUUCAAGAUGCAAGGAUAUUUAUUUCUGGUUUGUAAGCAUCUGGCAAGAGAAUUGCAGAAAAUCCUGGGCCUAACAAAAUAGCAUGUGAUGCGAGACCCAAAUCUAUCCUGCUCAACUUGUAGGUUUUUCCAUUCAAAUCAACCAAAGAAGUUAUAAGCCUAUCUGAACCUUAAAGGCUCUGCAGGGAUUAAUAGUGCCAGACACUGCUUAGAGGUACAUUUUAAUGAUUGACAUCCUGUGGCUAUGGCUUUUACUUAUUCAGUCAGUUGAUUAAAUCAGGGAUUCAAGUGCUCCUUUUGAUAUUUUUCUCGCCUUUUCCCCUCUUUUUUGUUGGGUCUAUAUGGAUAUUUUAUAUUUUGCCUUGUAUUUCAAGAAAUUAUAUAUGUGAACAUAUAUGAGCUUUUGUGAAAAUCUGAUGCAUAAAACAAAUGAGACAAUUUUAUUCUUCGUCAUUUAUUUAUUAAGAAAGAAUUAUCCGGUAUUACAGAUCUAUGAGUGGCAAAAGUAUGUGAUUCUUUCAGUAUCUGGUGUGACCUCCUUGUACAACAAUAACUGCAAGUAAUUGUUUCAAAACUGUUGAUUCAAUGGCUUGGAGGGAUUUUAGCCUAUUCUUCAGUAAAGAUUAGUUUAAAUUCUGGAAUGUUGGUGGGUUUCCUCACAUGAUCUGCUUGCUUCAGGUUUUUCCACAACAUUUCUAUUGCAUUAAGGACCAGAUUUUGACUUUGCCAUUCCAAAAUAUUCAUUUUUUUCUUCCUUAGCCAUUCUAUGUUAGAAUGACAUGUGCUCGGUGUUCUCUUGUUGCAUGACCCAUUUUCACUUGAGAUUCAGUUCAUGGAUAGAUGUCCUGAUAUUUUUGCUGCUAUAAUUUAGAGUUCCUUAUUCCAUCAAUGAUGGCAAGCUGUCCUGGCAUAGAUGCAGCUAAACAGGCCCAAACCAUGCUACUACCACCUUGUUUUAAAGAUGGGAAAAGCGUUUUCUUUUCUCCAAACUUAAACUUAAUGCUUCUCCUUUAAAGCAAAAAAGUUCUAUUUUGUUCUAGUCUGUCCACAAGACAUUUUCCAAUAGAAUUCUGGCUUAUCCACAUAAUCUUUAGCAAACUUCGGACAAGCAGCAAUGUUUGUUUGGAGAGUGGUGACUUUCUUCUUGCAACUCUGCUAUGCACACCAAGAUUAUUCAGUGUUCUCCUGAUGGUGGAAUCAUGAACAUAAACAUAAAUGUAAGAGACACCAUUAGUUGCUUAAAAGUUUCUCUAAGUUCAUUUGUGUCCUCUCAGACUAUUAUGCAUCUUGCUUUUGAAGUGAUCUUUGUUGGUUGACCACUCAUGGGGAGAAUAGUAAUAUUUUUACAUUUACCUUGCAUUAUUUUUGACACAAAUGUGUUUCUUUCAGUGUCCCGGUUUGUGUUUUUAUUAAUAAAGUCUGAAACUGUAAAUGACUUGAUGUAUGAAUUUAAUAUAAAUGUUUCCAUAAAAUUAUAAACUUCUUUGAAUGACUAGUAUUUUAUUAUGUAUGUAAUGUAUUAGUAUGAUUAAAUGACACACCAACACACUGAAGAAAACUCUGAAUCUUCGCUCUUCUACUUACAUGAGCUCAAUGUUCAAAGUGAACACUGUAAAAAGUACACUGUACAUUAUGAAAGUAGUUACUAAUAUAAUUAGUAACUACUUUCUUAAGUUUAAGUUUCUAAUUCUGGGAAAUUUCAUUAUUUCAGUAUGUGAAACUUUAUGGAGGUCAUACAAAAUACUAAAUGUAGUAGUUUUUGUUGUGGGGUGUAUUUAUUUUGCAUUAACUAAUUUUGUAAUCUAAAUGACUUUCAUGUUAUGAGUUAAACAAGUGUUCUAUAAAACACAGAUUUGUCAAA